AUGAGGGUUCGAAAAACUAUUGCCCUAUCAGGCACUUUAUUAUUUUUAAUAGGAUGUGUUUUGUUGUAUUUAAUGAUGGAUCAAACAAUAACACCAAAACCACAAAUUCUUAAAUAUGAAGAUGAAAACAAAAAUAAAUGGUUGAGUUUUGAAGAUAGGUUACGUCAGCUGGAAGCUGGUCUAAGCUCCCAUCAUGCAGAUGUUAUAGAAAUUAAACAAGUUGUAAAACAGCUUAAAACUUCUGAUAAACAUAAACAAUUUGAUUUUAAGGGAGAUACAUUGCCUAAUGGAGUGUCUAAUAUGCAGAAGAUUCAAGAUUUACUAGUUGAUCAGGAAAUAUCAGGUUUGACAUGUCCAUCACUAGAAAAUGAUGUUCCCCAUUCAGAUGUUCAGAUGCUGCAAAUGUAUGAACGUCUCCGAUUUGACAAUCCAGAUGGUGGUGUUUGGAAGCAAGGAUGGAACAUACAAUAUAAGCCAGAACAAUGGAAUAGGGGUCAUGUAUUAAAAGUUUUUGUGGUUCCACAUUCUCAUAAUGAUCCAGGGUGGAUAAAAACACUUGAUGAAUAUUUCACUGCACAAACAAAGAAAAUAUUAAAUAAUGUCAUCACUUAUUUACAGGAAGAACCAAGCAGACGCUUUAUAUGGGCUGAAAUUUCUUAUUUAGCAAUGUGGUGGUCAGAAUUGACAAAUGAACAGAAGAAAGUUACUAAAUGGUUAAUUCAGAGAGGGCAGCUAGAAAUAGUGAAUGGUGGCUGGGUUAUGCCUGAUGAAGCAAAUAGCCACUGGGUGAAUUUAGCUUGGCAACUAACUGAGGGACAUCAUUGGUUGAAUAAAAACUUAAACAUGACCGAUUUUCCUGUGGCAGGUUGGUCUAUUGAUCCAUUUGGAUUGAGUCCUACAACAGCUUUAAUUUACAAACAAGCUGGACUAAAAAAUUUGGUAAUACAGAGAGUACAUUAUUCCCUCAAGAAGCAAUUAGCUAUGGACAAGAAUUUGGAAUUUAGAUGGCGACAACUCUGGGAUGCACCAGGAAAACAAGAUAUUUUAACUCAUGCCGAACCAUUUUACUCAUAUGAUAUUCCCCACACUUGCGGACCAGACCCAAAAAUUUGCUGUCAGUUUGAUUUUAAAAGACUUCCUGGAUAUGGUAUUACAUGUCCUUGGAGAAUACAACCACAACGAAUAAGUGAAAAAAAUGUAGCUCACAGAGCGGAACUGUUACUAGACCAGUGGCGCAAGAAGAGUGUAUUGUACCGAACUCGAACGCUUCUGGUACCUUUGGGAGAUGAUUUUCGAUGGGAUGGAACUGCGGAAUGGAAUGCUCAGUUAGAAAAUUUCGAUAAACUAUUUACUCACUUUCGUGAAAGGCCAGAUUUGCAUGUUCAAGCCGGCUGGGGUACCCUGAAAGAGUACUUUGAAACGCUUCGCGAAGAAAUGGAAGAAGCAGCGUUUCCAACAUUGUCUGGUGACUUCUUCACAUAUGCCGAUCGGGAUGAUCACUACUGGAGUGGUUACUAUACAUCUAGACCACUUUAUAAACGCUUAGAUAGGGUGUUAAUGCACUACAUCAGGUCAGCUAGUAUUCUACAUGGAUGGUGCGUGCUAGAUGGGGCUGCCGAUGAUAUCUGUCAAGAGAUGUCUCAACUUUUAUCUACAGCUCGUCAAGCAUCUGCAUUAUUUCAACAUCAUGAUGGUAUUACGGGAACUGCUAGAGAUCAUGUUGUACAGGAUUAUUCCAAGCGAAUGUUGGAAGGAUUAGCGUUUACGAGACGUGUUAUUCAACAAGCUACAUUUGCAAUGUUAUCGAAACCUCCCAGGCAUCAAGAUUUCGACUUUGUGUAUUUUGAUUUCAUAACAGAAGAAGAUAGCAGAUUUAUGUCUGAUAAAGUUCGAGACAGACCCACUAUUACAUUAGGUCAUGGUGCUCCAAUUAGAACACUUGUUUUAUGGAAUUCUUUGACCAUAGAUAGAGAGGAAAUUGUGUCGUUUUAUGUAUCAACUCCUUAUGUAAAGGUUUAUGAUUCUAAAGAUCGUCCUGUGCAUUGUCAAUUAUCACCUGUAUGGUUGUGGUCAGAAGGUGUACCACAAGCUUCACCAGUAAGGUAUCAAUUGGGCUGUAUGAUUAAAGUUCCUGCACUGACUUUAAUUGCACUGGCUGUCCAAGCUGCAGAAGCAUCGGAUAAUGGAUUACCUUCUUUCGCAUCUGUUACUCUUUUGACAGAUGAAAAUUCUGUACUUCAUCAGCAGGUGACAUCUGAAUUAGGUGAAUAUCCUGGUGCACUGACAUUACAACCUCAAAGAGAUUUUACUGUCGAUGUUGCCUUGGACAGCGAUGGUGUGGUUACACAAAGCAUAUCAUUUGCUAGUGAUGGUACAUUGAAAUCCAUUACAAAACCUGAUGAUGAACCUAUGCCAAUUCAUUUGAGUUUUGUAAAAUAUGGCGCUAGAAAAGGGGGUGAGAGAAGUGGAGCAUAUCUGUUUCUACCUGAUUUGCCUGCCCAGACCGUACAAAAUUCACUUGAUUCAAAAUCCGUUGUUGUUAUUAUUAAAGGACCAUUAGAAUCUAGAGUUCAGGUCAAUUUACCUUAUGUAUUGCAUGAAACAAUAAUGAGGACAAUUCAGUCUUCUGAACCUAGAAAUGAAGAAUCUACAAUAUUGGAAAUACGAAACUUGGUUGAUGUUGCUAAUACCCAUAAUGCGGAAUUAGCUAUGAGAAUUGCUACCGACAUUUCAAACAAAGAUGAAUUCUUUACUGAUUUGAAUGGUUUGCAGAUGAUUAGAAGAAAGCGUUUUGAUAAAUUACCUUUGCAAGCAAAUUAUUAUCCUGUACCAUCUGCCAUGUUUCUUCAGGAUGAAACUAGAAGGAUGACAUUGAUAUCUGGACAACCUUUAGGAGGAACAUCACCUCGAUCUGGCACUUUAGAGAUAAUGCAAGACAGACGUUUGAAUCAAGAUGAUAAUAGAGGUUUAGAUCAGGGAGUACUGGAUAAUAAACCAGUCUUAAAUCAUUUUAAAUUGAUCUUAGAAACAAGGAAGUGCGCAGGAGAGCAGCACGACGAAGAACCAGCAAAUCCGGCUGGAUAUUUGUCUAAGGAAGCAUUAUUGCAGAGAGACCUAAUGCACUAUCCAAUUGACAAAAUGUUGUAUUCACAGGAUGGUUGGCCUGAACAUAUGUUAAGAGAGUCUUCAAUAACCAAAAAUCCAUCAGAUUCAUUACCUCCGGGCAAACUACCUACAGAUGUAUUCCUUGCAUCACUAUUAGUAGAAGAAAAUACACCUUCUGCUACAACAAUUGGUGUUCUAAUGCAUAAACCUCAACACGAUUCCUGUAUAAGACAACAAAAUGAUGAUGAUUCAAUGUUCAGCUAUUAUGCAAUUACUAAAAUAUUGAUAGUGAGAAGAGCUGUAGGAACUUGUUAA